AUGCGGGAGUACAAGAUUGUCGUUCUCGGAUCCGGAGGAGUCGGAAAGUCGGCGUUGACGGUGCAGUUCGUGCAGGGAAUUUUCGUGGAGAAGUACGAUCCGACGAUCGAGGACAGCUACCGGAAGCAGGUGGAAGUGGACGGUCAGCAGUGCAUGCUCGAGAUCCUCGACACGGCCGGAACGGUAAGUGCUUGUGCCGACUUGUCUCUCGGACCCGUUUCAGUUCCAUUUUCAGGAGCAAUUCACAGCGAUGCGUGAUCUUUACAUGAAGAACGGACAGGGAUUCGUGCUCGUUUACUCGAUCACUGCUCAAUCGACUUUCAACGAUUUGAUGGACUUGCGUGAUCAGAUUCUGCGUGUCAAAGACACUGACGAGGUUGGAAUUGAAGACGAAUGCGUGUUGAAAAACAAUAUAUUGAUUAUUUCAGGUUCCGAUGAUAUUGGUAGGCAACAAAUGCGAUUUGGAGGACGAGCGCGUCGUGGGAAAGGAUCAGGGACAGAAUCUGGCGAGACAGUUCGGUUCGGCGUUCCUCGAGACGUCAGCCAAGGCGAAAAUCAACGUCAGCGAGGUGAGAAUUCGCUCGAUUCUGUUCAAAAUAACGUAUUGUUCUGUCAGGUGUUUUACGACCUGGUCCGCCAGAUCAACCGCCGUUAUCCAGAGUCGGGCCGUCGUCAGGGACACUCGAACAAGCAAUGCUGUUCGUGUGUCAUCCAGUGA